GGACCAUAUCGCAACACCCGCCAGACACCCGUAUCGAGCCGCAGACGAGCGCAACCCAAUUGAAAUGUCACAAGUGAAACGCCCUGCGAACGACGCGUUUGGCUCGAACCAGCUGGUCAAGCGCGCAAAGUCAGACGCGAACCUCGACAGCACCGCGGUUGCCAUCUCCAGUGGAACAGGACAAAAUGGCGCUCUCAUACGAGCGGGACCGCAAGGCGGCGCACUGCAGUCGCCGGUCAUGGAAUUGACAGGCCAUUCUGGGGAGGUCUUUGCAGCACGAUUCGAUCCAACCGGCCGCUACAUUGCCUCCGGAUCUAUGGAUCGUUCUAUCUUGCUCUGGCGAAGCUCUGGCGCGUGCGAAAACUACGGCAUUCUCAGUGGCCACAAGCAGGCUGUGUUGGAUCUCCACUGGUCGCGGGACUCUAAAGUGCUGUUCUCUGCAUCGGCAGACAUGCACCUUGCAAGCUGGGACGUUGAGACUGGUGAAAGGAUACGAAGACACCCCGGACACGAAGAAGUCAUCAACUGCAUGGAUGUGAGCAAGCGCGGUGAGGAGAUGCUCGUCAGCGGCUCAGACGACGGCUACAUUGGCAUCUGGGACACAAGAACCAAGGACGCUGUAACUUUCAUCCACACAGACUUCCCAAUUACAGCGAUAUGCCUGGCGGAAGCUGGAAACGAGUUGUUCACAGGAGGCAUCGACAACGACAUCAAGGUCUGGGAUUUGCGAAAGCAGGCCGUCACUUACACACUCAUUGGACACGCCGACACAGUGACGUCGCUACAACUCUCUCCCGACAAUCAGACGCUGUUGUCAAACGCACACGACUCCACAGUCAGGACAUGGGACGUCAGACCGUUUGCGCCUGCGGACCGCCGCAUCAUGACCUUCGACGGAGCACCCACCGGGCAGGAGCGCAACCUUCUAAAAGCGAGCUGGGACUCAAAGGGCGAGAAGAUCGCAGCCGGUAGCGGAGAUCAGAGCGUAGCCAUUUGGGAGUCGCGGACGGGCAAGCUUCUCAAUAAGCUUCCCGGGCAUCGCGGUGCUGUGAAUGAUGUUCGCUUCCAUCCGCUGGGUGAACCAUUAUUGGUCUCCGCAUCGUCAGAUCGCACGCUCAUGGUCGGUGAGCUGGGAAGGUGAAAGGGUGGAGUCUGAAGCACUUGGCUACCGACUUUAGAAAUAGAAGCACAGCUCUACGCGUAGGGAAAGGACCGAGGUGGGUAGAGCGGAGGAUCGGCUGCGCCGCGCGCACCUCACAGAGGCGUUCUUCACGUUCACAUUGGAUACGCCGGUGCGACGCUGGGUGGAAGGGGUUUCUCCCGGUCCGGUCUCGAUGAGGCUGCAAGGAGAGCAAGCGUCGAAGACGCGCCAUGGGCGCGACAAAGUCAACUGCAGUGCGACAAAAACAGUGCAGUCAGGCAAAUAAUCAACAUCAAGACAACAGAGAUCAAGGCUGUUGUUCAUAUACACUGUUGUAUGGCUCAUGUUGCACGACUGCGCUGGCAUCGUCCUGUCAGAAGUUUAUCAGGGGCCACAGAAUGAUUGGCCGUGGUGGUUCGUGCCUUGUCGUUCGCGCACCGCUGGCCAACCACCUCACAUACCCACUGUUAAUGCCUGG